AUGAACGCCUUGAAUGUCCUCAUUACACCUCUUCCUUCCAACGCGAACCAAGAGCAGCCAUCGUCAGAGAGCAACAAAGACAAUGCAUCGGAGGCGCAGAGGCAUGACAGGCAACACAGCUCAGACAACCCCGUCAGCACUAUGGCUGCAUCAGGCGGAGGGGUUGUUACAGAUAUCUCGGCUACCCAGAAGAUGAUAUCGGCUACCUGGGGUAGCAUUCUCACGUCUCUUCUUGUCACACCUCUUGACGUCGUUCGAGUACGUCUGCAGUCGCAAGCUCCUGCAUCUUCGUCUGGCAGUACUCCGAAAUUCUCCGCGUAUACCACCUCCUUCAAGCGAUUGCCACCAGAUCUCGGAGUCACAGCAUGCUGCCGAGAAGUUUUCUGGUUUGGGGACAAUGCUCAAUUCUGCCUUGCUGGAAACAAUGGGUCUGUCUCUGGUGCUGAAUGCGCAGUCGAGGAAACCCAGAAGCGAACAUUCAACUCAACAUUGGACGCCUUCCGAAAGAUUGCUCGAAAUGAAGGAGCAUUAUCCCUAUAUCGGGGACUAAGUCCGACUCUCGUGAUGGCUAUACCAGCGAAUGUCAUCUACUUUACCGGAUAUGACUGGCUGCGCUUCAGUCCCGCCAGUCCUAUCAAUCGCAUUACCAGUGACACAUAUACUCCGCUUGUGUCUGGUUCAGUAGCUCGUGUCGCUGCUGCGGUCGUGGUUUCUCCAAUCGAAAUGUUCAGAACUCGGAUGCAAGCAACGCGUGGAAAUUCCGCUGGCAUAUUCAAGUCCACAUUAAUCGGUCUGCACCAAAUGACGCUGACGCAGGGCUACAGCUCGUUAUGGAGAGGGCUCACCCUUACCAUGUGGAGAGAUGUUCCGUUUUCCGGCAUUUAUUGGUGGGGCUACGAAGCUACACGAAAUGCCCUCACCGACGCCCGAGAAAGAGCACAAGGAAAAGUGUUGGAUGCCAAUCGCUCAAUGACCAGGCGAAGAUCUCAGUCUCAAGACAAUCCCACCAACACAUUUCUUGAUAGCUUCGUCUCUGGCGCUUUCUCUGGUGCAGUGGCAGCAUUGAUCACCACUCCAUUCGACGUUGGCAAAACCCGUCAACAAGUUUUCAAGCACAGCGGAGACGAGGCGGCAGCAUCGGCAUCUAAGGCGGCACGGAAAGCGGGCGAGAAACUGCCAGAAGAGCUGACGAUGCCUAGAUUUCUAGCUCAUAUCUUCAAAGAGGAAGGAAUGCAAGGACUGUUCAAGGGAUGGGCAGCAAGAUGUCUCAAGGUUGCUCCAGCAUGUGCAAUCAUGAUCAGCAGUUACGAGGUGGGAAAACGAUGGGCCAGAACCAUGAACGAAAAGAAGGUACAUUCAGAGGAGGGGAUUUGA